AUGAGUUCGAAACGGAGAAAUUUGCGAAAAAGGGAGGAAAGUGAUAGUGAAGAGGAAGUUGUCCCUGAGCAACAAGUUAUCGAGCCAGCAAAUGAUGAAACUGAUGAUCCUAUGAAAGAAUAUGAGGAGGAAGAAAAGGAGAGACAGGAUGAUAUUAAAGAGCGUGAUGCAUUCGUCCAGCGUCUUCUGUCUCGUGACCAUGACGCGACAAAGAAAUUCGCGCGUGGUUCACGCUUCGAAGAGGACCUCAAACGUCUUGAACGGGGAGAACUGACUCGAGAAGAACUGAUUGAGGAGCUCAAGAAAAAGUCUCGAUGGGAGUACCUCAAAAAACGCCAACUUGAUAAGCUGCAUGAACUUGAAUCCGCAAUUCGUGAUGAGGAAGAAUUUUUCGGUGAAGAUGAGCUAACGGAGAUCGAAAAAAUUGAUCUAAAAUACAAGCGGACGAUUUUGGAGGCCGCUACGGUCCACAAAGCUGUGACCGCUGGGCAAGCAGCUCAACACUAUUUUAUCCCAACAGAAGAAAAGCGUCCUGAUGACUCCUAUUAUGAAACCGAGGCUGAGAAAGGACCUCAUGCUGAAAAUCGUCGCUGGGAACAGGAACAUAUCAAUUCUGCAUUGUUUACACUUGGUGCCAAAGAUAGCAGCAAAACACAGGAGAAAUACGAUCUUAUUUUAGACGAUGAGAUCGAAUUCAUGAAGGCACUCACCCAACCUGGAUCCAAUGUGACCAUGGAACCAGAAUUGACCCCUGAGGAAUUGGCUCGGAGGGCUGCAGAGGAAAGGAAAAAGAGCCUGCAAGAAACAAGGAAGUCUCUUCCUGUUUAUUCUUUUCGUGAAGCAUUGCUUGAUGCCAUUAAAGAUCAUCAGAUUCUUGUCAUUGAAGGAGAAACAGGUUCGGGGAAGACUACGCAGAUUCCCCAAUAUCUCUACGAAGCUGGUUACUGUGUCAACGGAAAGGCCAUUGGUUGUACCCAACCCCGUCGUGUAGCCGCGAUGUCUGUUGCCGCACGCGUUGCCCAGGAGAUGAAUGUCAAAUUGGGAAUGGAAGUCGGGUAUUCUAUUCGUUUUGAGGAUUGUACCUCUGAUCGCACUGUGGUGAAAUACAUGACCGAUGGUAUGCUGUUGCGCGAAUUCCUCACUGAACCGGAUCUCGCCUCGUAUUCUGUGAUGAUGAUUGAUGAGGCGCAUGAACGAACACUGCAUACGGAUGUCCUCUUCGGUCUCGUCAAGGAUGUAGCUCGGUUCCGACCGGACUUGAAGCUCCUAAUUAGUUCUGCCACACUAGACGCUCAAAAGUUCUCCCAAUUUUUCGAUGAUGCACCCAUCUUUCGAAUUCCCGGCAGAAGGUAUCCCGUUGACAUCUACUACACAAAGGCACCUGAAGCAGACUACAUAGAAGCCGCGAUCGUAACCGUACUCCAGAUCCACGUGACUCAACCACCAGGAGACAUUUUGGCCUUCUUCACCGGUCAGGAGGAAAUCGAAACAGCCAAUGAGGCACUUCUUGAACGAACAAAGAAAAUGGGCAGCAAAAUGCGUGAACUCAUUGUUCUCCCUAUCUAUUCCACUCUUCCCUCAGAUAUGCAGAAGGUGGUAAUGGGGUUCCUUUUAUAG